AUGGCGUCGCCUACUCAGAAGCAUCAUCGGAAUGUCUCCAGAUCUUCGCGACCCCGCAGCUCAACCCGGGGUCCCUUAGAUGUAUCAGAUGAUCCUUUGGCGGCAUCUAACAUGCCCGCCUCUCCAGAAAUGACCCACAAAUCGCUCAAUAAUGACAUCUCCAGUGACUCCUUUCACGAACUAGAUCCGCUGGCUCCGGAUGAUUUACCAGAGACACUUGGGAAAGAUCUCUCAUUUCUCCUCCGACAUAACAUCUUCCACCCGCUUUCCCACAUCAAUAUCCCUCCUCCUUUGCGCUCCGAGUUCAUUGUCCUCAAUCCUGGGGAACCAUUAUCGGCAUCGCUCAGGGUUCUUGAGAAACUACUAGUGGAAGGUCGAUUUUUAAUCGCUGCGCACUUCGCCGGCUCUAUCCUUACAUCCUCCCUGAUCUCUCCUACGAACAUACGAAUUAUAUUUUCUCUAUUCUACACCCGUCUGGCCUGUCUAGAACUGUCCGGGAACAUUGUCCUGGCAGCUCAGGAAUCGAAGGCAUUGGAAGAUCUCAACUCUGCCUUCUACUUUAUCGAUUCCAGCUUUGAUUCCUCGGAAAAUGAAGGAAAAAAUGAACACAUCCCUCGACAUAUUGUUCCCUGGCCGCUUCGCGUCCUGGCCGUCAGGCUGCAGAGUAUCGGGUUCGGCGACUCGCGCAGGAGUAUUGCCGGUUUAUAUGAACUCGGCAUGGAAGCACGGAGGGAGGUCAUGAAACGUGAACACGAUGAUGCUAAGAGAGAAAUCUGGAGAAACAGACUGGCGGACCUUGGAAUAAGAACUGUUAAUGCCUUGGUAGAGAUGGGUGAUCUGGAUGCAGCGAAAAGGUCGCUUGAAAGUCUGCAGGAGCCCACGCCAGAUUCCGACAUCAUGAAACUACGCAAGGGACUCUUGCUCCUAAGGAUUGGUGACAUUGAUGCGGCUGAGCGGAUUUUCGGUAAUGCUCGCGACUCCAAAGAGGCUGCUCUGUUGCAACCCCUUCUCAGCAUGUCGGAUGGCCGAUAUGGCGAUGCAGCAGACGAAUGGCGCUCUCUCCAACAAGACAACAGCAGAACUGAUGGAGGGCUGAUUGCACAAAAUCUGGCUGUCUGUCUACUUUAUACUGGCAGACUGGACCAGGCACGCGAGCUCAUGGAGUCUCAGAUAUCAGCUAACCAGUCCUUUGGAAGUCUCAUUUUCAACCUAUCAACUAUCUACGAGCUCUGCUCUGACAACGCAGGCCAUUUAAAGGGGCAGCUGGCAGGCAUUAUCGCCAACCAACCUGUAUCAGGGCAAACCAACCUGGACCGAUCAAACACAGACUUUAAGCUAUGA